AAAUUCAGCCUGUUAUGAUCACUUCUGACGUCACAAGCAGCCCCAAUUUCCUGAAAGUUGGAUCGAAUUGUGGAGUGAUUUUGCGAUCGAUAGCGUACUUCAUCCGGCGGCAUCUGUGGAGCCUUCCAUCCCCGUUCGAGGGUAACAAGGAUCAAUAAAAUGCCCACGUCUCCGGGUCUCAGAGCAGAUAUGACAUCGUGGGGAGUGAGUGCGGAUUUAUCAUGUUAGGAAGGAAGAAUGAUACCAACUGGUGGGAGAUUUUAGCAGCAUAUCGAUGAAAAAUUUCAUAAGUUUGGUGUCAAGUGUCAAGGCGAUGGUAAACUGACCGAGAAAUGCACAUCUCUCACACCCUUAUCUGUGAUAGUCUCCACCAUAUCCACUCCUAGAAUGCUCAACCACCAAACCCCGAAAAAGACCCUCCUUGUCGCACUCCUCCUCUUAGCAAUAAUUUUCCUGACCAAGCCCCAAGAUUCCGGUCUUUUCAACCAGCUUUACUACUUUUUCCACCCCAAAGAGAGCAUCCAAUGCUACCACACCAAAUCUCAGACUCUUCCCGACAUAUCGGACGCGCGUCCCGCCAAAGGAAGAUCCAUUUUCUUCCACGAAACCUCCUGUAAUUCGUUCCUCAACGGCAAAAUCACGAUAACGGCCCGGCAGGCGUGUGCCGUCGAGUCCGCAGCGAGACUCAACCCGAAUUUCGAAAUUCACCUCCUGUUCGCAUCCCCCGGGAUUUUCAAAUUCGAGGGGACGCAGUCCGACCGAUUUUUGCAAAAUCUGAUGACCUAUCCCAACGUGCGGAUACACCACGUUGACUACGAAAGGUACACGAAGGGCACGCCGGUCGAGACGCUCUACAGAAAGGGCAAAAUCGAGGUCUCGGGCUACGCACAGUCGCACGCCAGCGAUGUCCUCAGAUACAUAACUUUGUGGAAAUUCGGCGGAAUUUACCUCGACUUGGACGUCAUCGUCACAAAGCCCCUCGAAUCACUCCCCCUGAACUACGCAGGGGCGGAAUCAGACCGAAACGUGGCCGCCGGCGUCCUGAGCUUCAGCCCCGAGGGCCUGGGCCACGAACUGGCCCAGCGGUGCCUCCAGGACCUCAGUGAGAAUUUCAAGGGGUACGAUUGGGGCUACAACGGGCCUGGAGUCAUCACCCGCCUCCUCAAAAAGCUUUGCGGGGCGGAAACGGCCAAAGAAAUGCAGAGCAAAGACUGUGAAGGGUUCAGGGUUUUUCCCGUCGACGCUUUCUACCCCAUCCCUUGGUGGGACUGGAGGCUCUAUUUCGAUGAAAAUCUGACCGAAAAAGUGCUCAAUAUUUCGAAAGAUAGCCACGUUAUUCAUGUCUGGAAUAAGCACAGUGGCGGCACGAGGGUGGCGGCAAGGGGGAAUUCGGCGUAUGCCGUUUUGGCGCAGAAAUUUUGCCCCGGGAUUGUUAACGAAUGCGGGUAUUUUUUUUAGUGCUCAAAACGUAUCAUGGUGACAUAUCGCUCCACAUUAUCAUUGUUCUAGACGUAGGAGAGUACAAUAAUUACCUGAGGCAGUAUUUACGCAUUGUGAUUGUUGUUUAUUGUUUAACCGUUUGGCAAUAAAUUUUUGAUCAUG